GAGGUGAUCUGAGUACUCUUAGCUGGAUAGAGAGCAAACUACCUUUUGGUAACAAAUGCGGUGAUUUCGUUAAUGUAAUGUAUUCACCGCUUAAUUUUAAAGAUAUUAUGAUGGCUACUGGUAGACUUACAGCUGAAUCAAUUGAAAAAGUUGAAAGUGGUAAUGAUUGUUUCAUUGGCAUAGAAUAUGCUGGUAUUAAUGCACAUGGACAGAGAGUAAUGGGAUUAUGCUCAUAUGGAGGAAUAACAAAUGUUUUCGUACCUAAAAAUGAUAUCAGUUGGAUCGUACCUGAUACAUGGACAAUGGAAGAAGCAGCAACAAUUCCGUGUGUAUACAGCACAUGCUAUUGUGCCUUGCACAUGAAAGGUAAAAUGAAAAAAGAAGACAAAAUAUUGAUUCAUUCUGGUACCGGAGGCAUCGGUCAAGCUGCGAUCCAUCUUGCGCUUUACGAAGGUUGCGAAGUGUUUACGACUGUCGGGAAUGACGAGAAGCGACAAUUUUUAAGAGAAACAUUCCCUUCUAUUCCCGAGGAUCAUAUCGGAAAUUCUCGAGAUACAAGCUUUGAGCAAAUGGUUAUGAAGUGUACAAGAGGUCGUGGGGUGGAUAUCGUACUGAAUUCCUUAAUUGAAGAAAAAUUGCAAGCAUCUGUUCGCUGCUUAGCUAACGGUGGUCGUUUUCUAGAAGUCGGAAAAUUUGAUAUGGUUUCUAAUAAUCCCUUGGAUAUAUUUGCCUUCUCCAAAAAUAUUAGUUUCUACGGUAUUUUACUGGAUAAUAUAUUUUUUUCAAAAUUAAAGCAUAAGGUAUCGUUGAUUAACGCAGUGAAAGAAGGUCUAGAAAAGGGCGCUAUUAAACCUCUGUGUAGAAAAGUCUUUGAAAGAGAUGAGAUAGAAGCUGCCUUUAGAUAUAUGGCCACCGGAAAACAUAUUGGCAAGGUUUGAUUAUUUUUAUGUACCUAGAAAGAUUUAAUUUUAAUAUAAAAU